AUGACGAUCUGUACUUAUAACGUACGAACGCUUGCAUCGGAAGCGGCCAUCGAAGAUCUGAUGAUGCAAACCAAGAAGAUCAAGUACGACGUCAUCGGAUUGACCGAGAUGAGACGACGUCACACUCUCAACGCCGUAUAUGAAACUGGAAAAGAACUGUUCCUAGGAACAUGCGACAGUAGAGGUGUUGGUGGAGUUCGCGUCUUCGUCAACAAAAGUAUGGCAAAGAGCAUCGACUCUUUCGAACAACUUACGACCCGAAUCCUACGUCUGCGGAUGAGAAGAUGUGGUCCAACACCAGCUUUGACUAUCUUCGUCGCUUACGCUCCAACAUCAAGCUACGAAGAAGAAGAAGUCGAAGCUUUCUAUAUGGGCCUGGAGAAGUUCUACCGAGAAGAUCAUGAUUUCUACAAGGUCAUAAUUGGCGAUUUCAACGCUAAAUUUGGCCCAAGAAGAACGCCGGAGGAACUUCACAUCGGGACCCACGGCCUACAAUGGAAUGGCCAGGGGGAGAGGCUCUCCGAGUUCAUCAUGACGACUAAGACCAACCAUGGAAACUCGCAAUUCCAGAAGCCCUCCUCCCUACGCUGGACGUGGGAGUAA